AUGAAGCUCCUAUCUUUCUUAUUAGUCUUUUCCCUCACUCCACAGGUGGUGCUAUCCGCCGAUGCGAUUGAGGGAGUGUGCAACGGCAUUAAGAGCAUCUACGACUGCAAGGCCAUCAUCACGAUCCCUACCGGAGCCAAAGUGAAAACGUGCAAGAACAAGUUUUUCGAGACUGAUCCGUGCAAAACGAAAUUCGAGUACAACUAUCCUUGCCCAACAUGGCGGAAACCCGGGCGGACUUGUAAAGGGUGGACAUGCGCUCCCGGGACGAGAGAGACUUGGAUCGACACGCCAUGCGGCCUCACCAUCACCACGAAAAAGCUCGACAUCUGCCAGACAGUACGCGGGGCCAUGGGCAACGUCGGAAAGCAGUACAUCAACACCAUCGGCGCCGUGUGCAACUGCCUUCCCAAAUUCUUCGAAAUGGCUGGCAGAGACCUCUUCAAGUCCGUCUCUUCCGGCUCCGCGCUGACGGGUGCCGCGUCGGCCAUGAUCGGCGAGAUUAUGCAACUGCAAAAGUGCGCGAUCGAUAACGGCUUCAACGUCAAAGACAACAAAGAAGAAGUUAUGCGUGGCGACCUUGCGUCCACCGACGGCUGGACAGUCAUUCAAGCCACAGAGAUCGAUCUAGCGACCUACGGUGAAUUGGCUGCGGCCAUCGGCGCGUGCGUGCUCGGAAGCUGCGACACGAUCGGCACCUUUUUCGUGCGCUACCUCGAAAAGUCCAAGGAAGUCAUGGAGAAGCAGAUCACCACCGCACUCAACCAGUGGAUCAACGUCUUCGACAAGAUCGAGGAGCAGAUCAAGAAAAUCGGCGCGUCGGUUGAGGUGUUGGUCAGCAGGCUCGACGGACUACCUGCCAAGAUCAAGGCUAUCGAGGAGAAGGCCUGCAAGUCGGGCAACUGCGUGGUUGGAGAGGUCACGUCGUUUAUGCAGCAAGACGCUGCUUGGCGGAGAACAAAGCUAACAAAACGGCCAAAAACUAGUAUCCGAAGCCGCCGCCGGUAUCCAAAUCUUCAAAGACGCAAAAAGGCCGCCACCGACGGCGCCGCCGCCGUCGAGAGCAUGAUCGACAUCACCCGCGCCACCAUCGAGGUCGCCAAGUCUAUCCCCGACAGCGAGACCAUCAUCCAGCUCAUUGUUUCCGGCCAGAUUACCGAGAUUCAGGACAUCAUCGAGUCGAUCAAGAUCACCAAGGACGUCGCCAAGUCCUCGAGCGCCAUCGUCGAAGGCCUCCUUGCCAAGGAUUGGUCCAACGUCGGCAGCCUCUCGCCGCCCGUGGCCGCCGGACUCCAGGAGAUCCAGGACCUUCUCAGGACCGAGAUCUCCGAGCCCCUCCGCGAUGUCACGAACACCCUCCAGGGCCUCGGGGCCGUGCUCAACGCCUUCCCCAUCAAGGACGGCAGGUUCAGCUUCAAGAGCGGUGUGUCCAGCUACCGCCGGUGGAGCACCGUCUCGAUGAGCGUGCCCUGCAGUCGCCAGAAGACGCAGCGCUACGAGAUAUCCGGCUUCAAGGGCUCCUUUUCGUAUCCAGAGUUUUACUCGUGUCCCUAUGGGCCCAAGGAGCUGCCCUGGCCGAACCACCAUAUUCCCUACUUCAAGUUCAAGGUCGGUUAA